UGGUUCCCUGCAUCUGUUCUGACCCUCGCUCUGGUGAACUGCCAAUGACCGUCAAGAACCCAUCGAAUCUAUAGGCGCCAUGCCUUCCAAACGAGAGGCCGAGGACACAGGCGGCGAUACGCCAGAGCCGCAGACGAAACGCGCAAAGAUGAGCAGCUCCAAGACGCGCCAGCACCAGCACUCGGGCAUCGACCCGACCUGGGGCCAGAAAUACGUCUUCUCCGGCACCGAGACUGCAACGACGAUUCCAGAAGGCGAGGAAUCAGAGUUUGAAGACGAUACCGAUGCCAUGGCAUAUCUCUUGUCUGUGAGACAGCAAGCUUAUUCCAUCCCACAUCUCCUGGUCGCACCGCCCGUCCAGAUUGGCCCACAGCUCCCUCCCGGCUUCGAUAGAGAAGAAGACGAGUCGGAGGAAGAGGGCGAGAUGAAGGAGAGCUACCAUGCCCCCGACACCUCUAACGCACCUGAAUCGAACGGGUUCUAUGAGGACGGUGCCUACAUAGGCAUAACAGAAGGAUGGAGAGGCAACGGCAGCGACCAGGAUGACGUGCCUGAUGAGGAGAACCCUGAAGCCAUUCAAAGGGCCGUGGACGAAGCAUACUUUGCCUCUAUCCUCCACCAAUACCACCACCUCCGCAAGAUCCUCCACACAGAGCCUCCCGCCAACGCCGCACGCCGGCUCUCACGCUCUCAAGCCACCGAAGCCUUGUCAUUUGGACGCUCUACCAUCACUUUGUGGUCCCGCCUCCUGAAAACGACCGAUCCCCAUCCCGUUCAAGUCGCACUCAUGUCCAAAGACACCGUCCUGAAGAUUCUGCGAGUCAUGAUGAGCGGCAAGUUCCUGCGCAGCGGAUACAGCAUUCCCCCGAGGACCAGCCAGUGGCUCUGGGCACUGCUGGCCAGGCUGCCGGCCAUGGGGGAGCUUAACCACGCCGAGAUUAGCUGGAUCCGCGACCUCGGCCGACGCGCAGUGUUGCUCGGGCGAAGUCUGGCGGAAAUGGCUGCUCUACGGGAGGAGCUUGCGGAUAGUGGUUUCGGGGUCAAUGACAAUGUCGAUGCGAGUAGCAGCGAUGAAGAAGUAGUGGCCGAAACCAUCGAAGAGGGAGACGAAGAAGGCGAUGAUGACGGUGACGCCCUUCCAGCGGUCAAGGCCACGGCGACCAAGCCACCAGCUUCCGCACACCGCCGCAGAAACUCGUCUUCGCCGAUUCCAGAUGAUGUUACAGAGGCCAAGGAGGGCAGCGAGGAUGAGGAUGUGGCUAUGGAUACUGCUUCCGACUCCAGCGCCGACGAGGGUGAGAUUCCCGAUCAGCCGGACGAGGCCACAGCUCUAGAAGAGGCCAAACACAGACUACUGGCGAGGCUCGCCGAGAGCGAAAACGAACGCCGCAAGGAGGAAGAGCGGAGGGAUGCGAGGAUGAACAUGAGAGCCACGCUCACCAUGAUCCUCACGGUCGCUGGUGAGUUUUACGGUCAGCGGGACCUGCUCGAAUUUCGCGAGCCUUUUGUGGGCAUGUAACGGUGUAGACGUUUUGUGUAAGAUUUUGUAUUGAAGCGACAUGUUUGACGGAACAACCUGUCCACUUGAGAUGAAACUGGGUACUAGUUACCAUAAGGUAGUGGACGCCCCCUCUGGGCCCCCGUAAGCUAUGAUACAACCCAAUAAUAUGACAUUGAUUCCAACACCAUUCCCCAUGAUCAAACAAGUAUAAAAGGACAAGAAACAAAAACAGGACAUCUCCACUACGAGUGUCACAGCAGCUAACUGAGCCGCAUCCCGAUAGAACGCCACUGCGCCGAAGCUCAAAAGAAUCAAAAUGCAAAAGCACCACCCCGGUGCCACAUAUUCCUCCCUCCGUGAAACAUCGCUGUCUUAGACACUCAUGUCCAUUGACUUUUCCGAAUCAUAAACAAGAAAAUUGGCGUCUUCGAAGUCGUCAUCCACAACCAUAUUCUCUUGAUCAACAACAGCCUUGAGCGCAGCAGGCUGCUGCUUCUUCAUCCGGGAGUGCGGAACGGCAAUGGCCCUGUGGUUGCCAGCGACCUCUCCACCAUCCCUAUCCCAGAAAGAAACGUCUUCAUCCUGCUCAUCCAGAAACCUCUUUCGAGAAAGCCCG